AUGUCGACGAAAGCCAAAAUCACCCUCGCCACCACAACCCUCAGCGCCAUCGGAAUCGUCGUCUUCGUGCACCAGCAGCAGAAGUCGGAUAAAGCUGCAAUGCACCAAGGUGUCAUCCGCGAUAUGGAGCAGCAACGAGUCAAGCGAGAACGGCUACUGGACUUCGAGAUGCAGAAACAGCUGGAAGAGGAAUACAGGAAGGUGCAGAAUGUUAGCCAGAGCGCUGAGGGAGAAGUGAAGGCGAGAUGA